CAAAAUGAAACCAAACAGCUCUUUGAUAGGUCUUUGAAAUAUGUCAAAAGCUGUUUAUCCUUGGAUGAGGUAGGUUAAUAUCUAAAGGUCCUGCCAAAGGUUACUUAAAUGAUCAGAGCUUAAGCCUUAUGGUGAUGUAUGGAGUUAGUGUGAAAACAUGUCAGGGUUACAUGCCUGUAUUGAAUUUGAACUUUGUCAGGUUGAGUCUGAAAUACUGACAUUUUAGUUUACUGUACUAUUCCAUAAAUCUUUUCUUGACCUUUGGGUUAUCUACAUUACGCAUUGCUCUAUCAGAGUAAGUAGAUAAAGUGUUGCUUGUGAUAUUAGGACAGAUUUGUGUAUAUAUCUAGAACAGGAUCAUCUGAAUACAUUUACCUUUAAUUUAUGCAAAGUAUGUAUGUGGAAAUUGUGCUAAUGCUGAUAGUCUUAUUAUUUCAGGUGACUCCAAAAUGUUGACAAACUAAGCAAUAGUAUUUCAUGAUCAAUGUGUGUAGCCCAUGGGUCCUGUUUGCGGAACGGGUUGGCCACAGGACGAGCAGCAGUUACACUAAAGCCCGGUGAGGGCGUCGGAUACAGGCGCCCACAGGCCAUGUCUUCACCUCCAGUCUCCCACAGAGGAUGAUGAAGCGCCUCAAGAGACGCAUCUCACUCACCUUGAGGGGCAGCCAUGCCAUUAAUGAGAGCCUUUCAGAGCUGGCUGAACAGCUCUCUGUCGAGGAAAAUGGGGAAAUAAAGGAGAACGGAGCAGGGAUUGUCCACGAGAACCCUCAAAUAGGAUCAGAUGGGGAGAGUGAGGGACAGUCUGCAACCUCAGACGAGAAAGAUGACACCAUCUCACCUGUCAAAUUGCGUGUACGCCCACGGAGGUUCAGCGAGGAAGUAACUAAAAGGUUAUCCUUACCAGCCGAUAUGCGUCUUCCAGAAAAUUUCCUCAACCGACAUAAAGAAUGCUUGAGCCCUGAUGGGCAGCUUAGUCGCAGAUCUCGUAGGAAAUCUCUGUCGGAAUUAGGUUUUGGCAAGAUAGAGUCCUACACCAAGUUAGAUAAGCUUGGAGAGGGCACAUAUGCCACAGUUUUCAAGGGCAAAAGCCGAUUAACAGACAAUCUGGUCGCAUUGAAAGAAAUCCGACUGGAGCAUGAAGAAGGUGCACCUUGCACUGCUAUCAGAGAAGUUUCUCUCCUGAGGGACUUAAAGCAUACAAAUAUAGUUACAUUACAUGAUAUUAUUCAUACAGAAAAGUCCCUUACUCUAGUCUUUGAAUAUUUGGAAAAGGAUCUCAAGCAAUACAUGGAUGACUGUGGUAAUAUAAUGAGUAUGACAAAUGUCAAGAUAUUUUUGUUUCAGUUAUUAAGGGGACUUGCUUACUGUCACAAACGCAGGGUCCUCCACCGUGAUCUAAAACCACAAAACUUACUUAUAAAUGAGAAAGGAGAGCUCAAGCUAGCAGACUUUGGUUUAGCCAGAGCAAAAUCUAUACCCACAAAGACGUACUCCAAUGAAGUGGUCACACUGUGGUACAGACCACCUGAUGUUCUCCUUGGGUCCACAGAAUACUCCACACCUAUAGACAUGUGGGGUGUAGGGUGUAUAUUUUAUGAGAUGGCUUGUGGGCGGCCAUUGUUUCCAGGCUCCACAGUUGAAGAUGAGCUUCAUUUAAUAUUCAAAACUCUGGGAACACCUACAGAGAAGACACUACAAGGCAUUUCCCGUAAUGAAGAAUUCCUGUCUUAUCAUUUCCCAUUCUAUGACCCAGAACCACUUCUGAACAUAGCACCAAGACUGGACCCAGAUGGGCUUGAUUUGUUGGCAAAGUUCCUGUUGUUUGAGCCCAGCAGACGAGUAUCUGCUGCUCAGAGUGUUCGGCACCCAUUUUUCAAUUCCCUCGGUCCUAAUGCCCAGAAACUUCAGACAGUAACUGUGUCCGUAUUUACAAUUCCUGGCAUUGAGCUACAUAAAGAUCCAGGGAUGAGAUCUUCUGCUAUGGCAGCACAGGGAAAUCGCCGAAGGCAAAGUAUGCUGUUUUGAGAUGACUUCAGGAACACAAUGGAAUUGGCUGCAAGGCUUGUGAUGUCUGACACAGUGUGUGUGUUUCAUUCAAAAAAAUUCACCUCAAAUCAGGGAUUAACCUAUCUUCAGGGGUUCAACACUGCACCAAGAGUGGCCCUUAACACAUGGUUGAGUGAUGUACAUCUCUUGCCUGAAGAGAAGGCUUACCUGGUUUAGACUGACUCCCCCAUUGAUUAGCUGUCUGUUGAACUCCGCUUAUGUGGGUGGUCAGUGACUGCCAGGCACAGCUGAUGAACUGUGUGGGUUGACCAGUGAAAAUGUGAUAAAAUGUUUGUUAAAUUUACCCAGGACACCAGAUACGUAUACUGUGGAGGGCAUUAUCCAGUCCAGUAUCAGCAGUGUGCUGAUAUCUGCUUCAUGGCUGUUAGAUCAUUGAUGUACAGUCAACAGAAUGCUCCACUUGGGCAUUUAGAGUCUCAGCGGAAGGAUUUAGGCUGUGCUCUUUUUCAGCAAUUUCAAGAUUACUGCGAAUUCCACAUGUAAUACACGUUCAUUCAAUUGCUUGGAGAAGUUUGCCUGUGCUUCUGUGCAGUAAAGCUGGUCCUCUUCACAGGCCUUGAAUCAAGCAAAUGUGUUUGAAUUCUCCAAAAAAAAAAAAAAAAAAAAAUCCCAGAAAACGACUCAAACUAUAUAGUGACAUCAUGACUUUUGUGUUGAUCUUACAUAUUUGUGAAAGAAACUACAGACAGAUAAUCAUGCAUGUCAUGAAAAUCUUAUUAAAACAACAGUGCUGUAGAUUUGGACUACGCAAUGGAGAAAGAAAGUUACUGUAUACAAAAUAUGCCAAAGUUUUUGACUGUCAAUACCAAAUACUACCACUUAAUUCCUUCAAUCCCCAACAUCUAGGAAGACAUGGAAUAUUGAAUUUUAGACUGUCGUUCAUUUUCUUCUCUAUCAUUAGACUGUGCUGCUAAGCAAUCACAUCAACAUCGAAGAGUAAUUGAUCUUUGUUUGUAUAUUGAAGAGGAAUUGUAAAUGAUCUGUAACUUUCAAUUUUUUUUUUUAGGUAUGUUCAUCUUGAUGCCAUUAAAUCCUGGAAAUAAUCUUUUCUUUAAGAAGUUCAUGGUCUUUAUAUAUAAUGAAAAUUUCAUCAUUUUAACCACCCUGAUAUCAUCAAUAAAUCCGUUCAAAGGUGUGAAUACUUUUGUUGAAAUGUUCAGGUAAAUUUUUGAGACAGGUACAUAUAUGUGAAAUAUUCAUCAGAUCACACAUAGGUCAUUAUUUAUAUUCAAAUAUGUAUUUGAUAUCGGAAUUAUUAACAAGUGCAAACCUGUCUUUGAAACAUCAUACUCAUGCCUAUCUAUUUUUGUGAACGCGUAUGUUCAUGAACUUGAUCCCUUAACAUAACUUUCCUAUCACAGAAGUAUUUUUCUGGUUAUAGAGUGUUUGUACUUCCGGCAUUAGUGAUUUUUUUCAUAAAUUAUACUUGUAUAUUAAACAGGUAUAUAAUGUCUGGGUUUAGAUGAGACAUAACCUGACACCUGAAAACAAUUUCAGCCUAGGCUUUGCACAACAACAAAAAACUGAAAUUUAUAGGUGUUCAUUGUGGUGAGCUACAAAUUGUAAUGCUGUGCUUUGUCCACGUUACAUAGUGGUAACUGUCAAUGUCUGAUGCAUGACUGAGAACACAUGUAGGGUCUGUUGAUCCAAUGUCCAUUUACAUAUCUGCAAAACGCCCUCCAUAUGUUUGCUGCUUGCAUUGAAAAAAAAAAAGGCAGACCGAAAACUCAUCUGGAUCUGCAUCUGGAUAUGGCAUUAGUGUUAUUUAACCAGCUUGUUAUACCCGAGUUAAUUUGAACAUCUUCAGGAUUGUUAUAAAAAAUAUCCAUUACAUACAACUUUAAAAAUUUAUUAUAAGCUAAUGGUUAUUAGGGCCUGCAGGGUAAUAGUCUGGUAAAUUUAUUUGACAUUGAAAUACCUAGUUACAAACAAAACUACUUAAUAUAACAGCUUUGUGUUUUGGUUUCGGUAAAAAGGGUGUUGGGUUUGCCUAUCUCAGGGUGGUAUAUGAUUGAAAUGUGGAAUAAAAUGUUACAUGACAUCAGUGUGGAAUCCAAGUUUAAGAAGACUUAUAUAACGCUGAACCACUAUCUUUAUGCCUUUUCUUAAUUUAUGCUUGGUGAUCAUUUAUACCUGUAGCAGUUUGCUAAACAUUAUUAUUAUUAUUUUUUUUUACAUUGAAAUAUUAUUCUUUUUCUGCUUUUCAAUAUUGUAUACUAAGAGCCAUGUUAAAGUUAUCUUAGUGGUAAGCCACUGGUUUUGCCUAAGGUAUUGUAAUGGACUGUAGAAAGCUACUUUUGUUCAUUCCUCAUGUCUACACCAUGGUGCAGUAAAUAUGCCAUCAGCUGAAGAUGGUUGAAGUGAAACACAUGUAGCUUGCUAAAGUUGUGCUAUUGAUGGGCUACCAAACUAAGUGGUUUUUCACUGAGAAACUAUCUUCUCUUAGUUUAUACACCAGUUCCUAGCCGUAAGCCUUAUGAUUUACAUUAUUGAGUUUUUCUCUGUGGUGAAAUAUUAUGGGAAAUUCAUUCUUGUCUGAAUCCGUCUCAUUAUUAAAUUACAUGUUGUUUGCCAAAUUUUUUUUUCUUUUUUCACUCUGUUAUACUGCUAUUCUGAUUUCUACUUACAGCAUCUAUACCAACUUGUGUUGACUAUGAGUUCCUAAGGGAGAUAACCCUGCCAGUCCUUGAAUUUUUUUUUUUUUUAGUUUGUAAAACAUUUGAUAUUGUUUGGUUUUUGGGCUGGGACAGUAGCUGUGUGCCAUGUGCUUUAUUGUUCUAUGCAGAAUGUAGGAAAUAAUUUUCCAGUACAGGGACCGUCCAUGAUUAACAGUCACUGCUAUCACCAUGUUUGACCUCUGCAUAUGAACUGGUGUAUGUGAUGGUGUACAUGGCCUUACACAUUGGUUGUAAAUAUGGGCGGGCCCCGUUAGUUGUUUGUAAAUAUAGACAUUGUUUGUGUUUGUGGAUCAAAACAUUUUCAGAAACACCAUGUUUACAAGGACCUUUGGACAAUUAUUAUAAUGUUGUUAUAUAUAAAAAAUAUAUAUGUAAAAAAGAAAAAAACAUUCUAAUGGGCUGAUACCCAUUUUUCAGAUAUGAGUGAUAUCUUUGAUAUCUUAAUAUUUUCCUGUUUUUAUGAUUUAAAUCCUUUAAAAUUCUAAAAGACCCGAUAUUUAAAAAUAUGGUUGUGUGGUUACUGAAGUAUCUAUUCAAACUCACCUACCAAAAAUAUUGAUGGGAUAAAGUCUAAGCAGUGUGCAGUUAAUUACUCCUAUGAAGACUCCAGACAUACAGAAUUAAGGAGAAACUCUUGACACUUCAAUCUUUGUCAUGUUUCUUCAUGAUGUAUUCUUUUGCUUACCGUUCAACACAUUUUCAUUCUGUCAUUUACGUUGUCAUUUAUUAACGUAUUAUAACAUAUCAUUUGAGAUAAACAUAUACAUUCUAAAUUAUUGGACAAUGUUUGUAGCGGCAAAUAGCAUCCAAGUAAGGGCCAAACUAACUUGCCAUCAGAGUAUACCUGGUAGGUGUGAAACUUGUAUCUAACGUACAAACAGUAUUAAUGCUGAAUGGGGGAUGAAAAAGUUCUGUUCAAAACCACGACCAAAACAAAAAAACAAAAAAAAUCUUCUCCCCUCAAGACAACCAAGUCAAAUAAAGGAAAUUCAGAAAAGGUAAACUGUGAGCAUGGAACAGUAGUCUACUCUGAUAUGGUACUGUAAAGUAACCAUGCAACAUACCAACCGUAUGGCUCACAACAACCCUGAAGGCCCACUGUACACAGCUGAAAUACACAGCUGCAGUUCUCACAAGAUAUAUUGUAGCUGGUAUGCCGUACUUGUGAGUAUCGAUCGUAAA